GAAAAUUAUCAUUUUUAUUAAUAAUAAUAUUAAUUCAACCCUAUCUUCAUUUUUGCUGAUCGGCGAUCGGCGGAAACCCUAUUCCUCGCCGCCGAUUUUUUUCAAUCCCUAAAAAUUUCCUUAUUUGAAUCCCUAAUUUGUUUCCUUUUCACUUAGUUCAGUGUACUCUCCACAGCACACACACAAAAAAAGGGAAAAAAUGAUAUUUUGUUUCCCUUUUUAUCGGUACUGAGAUCCAGAAAUUAGCUCAAAAUCUUGUUCUUCUUUCAAGCUAUAAAGAGCACGUGGCGAUCCGGGCUUGCUUCGCUUCCAUUUUUACUCAAAUCUCCAAAAAAGACUAGAUGGUUGAAUAUGACAAUUCGGCUUUUUUAAUGGUUAAGCAUGUUGGGAAGCAUAUGACAACUUAUGUUUUUUGAGUUCGGUUUUUAAUUUCGUCUUAAAUUUUUUUAUCGGAAAUGGAAACGAACAAAGAGGAAGCUCUUAAAGCGAAAGAGAUCGCUGAGAAACGGUUUUGUGAAAGAGACUUUACAGGUGCUAAGAGCUAUGCAUUGAAGGCUAAAUCGUUGUACCCCGAAUUGGAAGGUAUAUCGCAAAUGGUGUCCACGUUCGAAGUUUAUGUUGCCUCCGAGGCUAAAUGUAAUGGUGAGACUGAUUAUUAUUCGAUUCUCGGGUUAAAGCCUUCGGCUGAUAAAGAGGCAGUGAAGAAACAAUACAAAAAGUUGGCUGUGUCACUCCAUCCUGAUAAGAAUAAAUGUGUGGGAGCCGAUGGGGCAUUCAAACUUGUAUCCGAGGCGUGGACUUUGUUGUCUGAUAGAUUCAAGAGAAACAAGCAGAUGCAUUCCGGAAUGGUUCAAACUUCAACAUAUGCUGUUGCUGGGGUCCGUUCGAAUGCAACCUCGCAAGGACGACUUGACACUUUUUGGACUGUUUGCACUUCUUGUAAAGUUCAGUACGAAUAUCUUCGGAAAUAUGUAAACAAGAGACUUUCAUGUAAGAACUGCCGUGGUACGUUCAUUGCUGUUGAAACUGGAUCAGCCCCUGUGAAUGGUUCUUUCCCUUAUUGUCCUUGGUCAUACGUGCCAAGUAAUGGAUAUGGAAGUCAUGGAAAUGGGAUCACGUAUGUCCCGACAAAUCCUACUUUUUUCCCUGGAAAUGGGGUCUCAGGUUAUCAUCCUGGGCAAGGGUACGAGUAUGUUUCUAACAUGUCGUUUCAAUGGAGCUCAUUCUCUGGAACUUCUACUGGGGUUGUGAGUCAUAAUGGAGUAUCAACCAUUUCCACUGAUGCCGUUUAUCAGGGCAAUGGUGAUGUUAGAGUAGCAGGGUCGAAGGUGAAACCCUCGAAAAACUUUGCCCCUCAAUCAACUACAAAUUUGUUCAAUGGCUACAAUGAAACUAAGACCGGUAACCUCGAAAAGAAAAGGAAGGUUAUUGUCGAUUCUGAAUAUAGAAAUGGAUUUGAAGACAAGGGAUUAAAAUCUUCAGAAGCCGGAUUAGCAAAUGGGAAUGGAAACGAGCCUGAUCCAAAGCUUUCCAACCCUAGUGAACCCGCAAGUAGGCGAUGCAUGUUGACACCGGCAUUUGAUACUAGAAAAAUGUUAAUCGACAAGGCGAGGACAGAAAUUCGGAAGAAACUGGAAGAGAUUAAGUUGGCUUCAAAGGCAGCUGCUGCAGCUUCGGUAGUUAAAUCAGGCACUGAAAAUGGUCAAUCACUAGCACCAGCUGGAAAGGCUCUCAAGAGGACAAAUUUGGGUGUUUUCAUUAAUCAAUCGGCAUCAGAUAAAGGUGUACCAGUCUCAAUCACAGUCCCUGACUCGGACUUUCAUGAUUUUGACAAAGAUAGAUCAGAAGAAUGCUUCAAACCAAAGCAAAUAUGGGCCCUUUAUGAUGAAGACGACGGUAUGCCUCGUUUGUAUUGUUUGAUUCGCCAGGUUAUCUCUGUAAAACCGUUUAAGAUUCACAUCACUUACUUGAGCUCCAAAACUGAUAACGAAUUUGGGUCAGUGAAUUGGAUCGAGUCGGGGUUUACCAAAUCUUGUGGACACUUCAGGGCAUUUAGUUCCGACAUUAUCGAUCAAGUAAACAUUUUCUCUCAUCUUCUGAGAGGACAAAAAGCUGGAAGAGGAGGCUGCGUUCGAAUUUUCCCUAAAGGUGGAGAUGUUUGGGCUGUUUAUCGGAAUUGGUCACCUGACUGGAACCGAUCAACUCCUUCCGAUGUGAGACACCAAUACGAGAUGGUGGAGGUGCUCGAGGAUUACAACGAAGAACUUGGAGUUUGGGUUACUCCCCUAAUCAAAUUAACCGGCUUCAAAACAGUGUAUCAAAAGGACACAAACAAAGAUGCCAUCAGAUGGAUCCCAAGGAAGGAGAUGUUUCGGUUUUCACAUCAGGUUCCGGCUUGGUUACUCGAAGGACAAUCCAAUGGUGAUUUGCCCGAUCGUUGUUGGGAUUUAGACCCGGCUGCAACUCCAGACGAACUUCUUCAUGCUGCAACAGAAGCAAAAGCUUAAACAGAAACAUAGUCAUUGAAGCAAAAAAAAAGAAGAAGCAUGGUUAGUUUGGAAUUUGAUUUACAAUUCUUACACAACAUUUUAGAUUUGACUGUACAAACAUUUUCACACAUGUCAUGGUAGUCCCCAAUGCAAAAAACAUUUAACUA